UCCUCCCCAACAUUAACUCGGUCGCAUUUCUCGUCCGGUUGUUGGUCGCCGACUCGUCGUCGUCGUCGUCUCCUUCUUUCGUUCUCUUUUCCCGCUUUUAACUCUUAACCCUAACCCUAGUUCUCUUCCCCAAGGAUUCGAAGAUGGACUACUUUUCCCAGUCCCAAUCCUCGUACUCCACCAGCUGGAGCUACGAAUCGCUCAAGAAUUUUCGGCAGAUCUCGCCCACCGUUCAAAAUCACCUCAAAUUGGUAUAUCUCACACUAUGCUGUGCCGUUGCGGCUUCGGCUGUCGGGGCUUAUCUGCACGUGAUUUGGAACAUCGGCGGCAUCCUGACCAUGCUCGGAUGCUUCCUCAGCAUCGCAUUGCUGUUCUCAGUGCCGCCGCAUGAGGAGAGGAACAGGUUUGGUCUGUUGAUGGCGGCUUCUCUCCUUGAAGGUGCUUCUGUUGGUCCCCUGAUUAAGCUUGCGAUUGAUUUCGACCCGAGUAUACUAGUGACUGCCUUUGUGGGGACUGCAUUGGCAUUCGGAUGCUUCGCAGCAGCUGCCAUCAUAGCCAAGCGGAGAGAGUUUCUUUACUUGGGGGGUCUGCUCUCUUCUGGUCUCUCCGUCCUCGUCUGGUUGCAGUUCGCUGCUUCCAUAUUCGGCCACUCCAGCGCCACCUUCAAGUUUGAGCUUUAUUUUGGACUCUUGAUAUUCCUCGGUUACAUGGUAUUUGACACGCAAGAGAUAAUCGAGAGAGCUCAUUACGGGGACCUCGACUAUGUGAAACAUGCCUUGACACUCUUCACAGACUUCGUCGCAGUCCUUGUUCGGAUUCUCAUCAUCAUGUUAAAGAAUGCUUCGGAAAAAUCUGAAGAGAAGAAAAGAAAGAAGAGGUCUUAAGCUUUGGAGUGGAGAUGUCAUACGGACCAAGCAGCUUUGCAUGUGAGCAUAAGUGUAAACUCUGUUUGGCCUUAAUCUUCUUCUAGCUAAAAAAGUUGGUUACUGCGUUCGUGGUUUCGAGAGUUUUCGUUUGUGUGAAUUGGUGGUCUUAUAGUUUAACUUCUAUGUGUAGUUCAUUUUGUUCAGGCAAACGGUAAAUAAUCUUGGUAUCUGCUAGAAUGUAAAUGUCAAGUGGAAAGGAUUAAAGUCUCUUUGGAACUUUGGCCUUACUAAAAGAGUUCCACCUGGUUAUCUUUUUUUUUC